AUGUUGGUCCUCAGCCCGCUUGUCUGGGGAUCUUACCUGCAGCUUUUCCUCUGCUUUGCUUUAUCUCAGACUGCGUACGUUGACAAUGUCUUCUCAGUUUCAGCAGAUCUCCCUUGUUUGGAACAGAAGAAACAGUUCAGUCACAGAGCGUGCUGCCUCCUUGGCCCCCCUCCACCGCCCCUGUUUCCACCACCGUACUUCAGGCACGGCUGGAGCACUAAGCUGCUUGCCCUGGAUAUGAAAGAGUUGUGUCAAGAGCUCCAGACAAUACAGGCUUCCUCUCUGCCCGAAUCCCAUUGCCCCGCAGGGCCUCCUGGCCCCCAGGGUCCACAAGGAAUUCCUGGUAUAAUGGGACCAAAAGGGGAGAAAGGGGAGAUUGGCAGGCCAGGAAGAAAGGGUAGACCAGGUCCCCCGGGCAUCCCUGGGAUGCCAGGACCAGUAGGAUGGCCUGGACCUGUGGGACCAAAGGGUGAAAAGGGAGAGUUGGGUGUGAUGGGAUUGCCAGGUACAAGAGGACCAAUGGGCUCCAAGGGUUUUCCUGGAACUAGAGGAGAAAAGGGAUCCAGAGGUGACAGGGGUGACAAAGGAGUCAAAGGAGACCAGGGAGAAAUAGGCUUCCCUGGAAUGCUGGGACAAAAAGGAGAGAUGGGCCCAAAGGGACAAUCUGGAGUACCAGGACACAGAGGACCUAUAGGAAGACCCGGAAAACGAGGCAAACAAGGACUAAAGGGAGACAUUGGACCUGCGGGUAUCAUGGGUCCACCUGGAAGGCCUGGUCCUUCUGGCCAGCCGGGCCCCCCUGGACCUUCAGCAUCAGGGCAAUUUGCAAUAGGACCAAAAGGGGAAAGAGGACUUCCAGGGCCUCCUGGGAGAUGUUUCUGCAGAUCCCCACAACAUGUGAAUAACCCACCAUAUGAGGAACCUGUGUUUGGACACAGUUAUCCAAAAGUCCCCGCGAUUUUUGUGGUGAAUAAUCAAGAAGAAUUGGACCAGUUAAACACCGAAAAUGCCUUAGCUUUCAGAAGAGAUCAGAGAUCUUUGUAUUUCAAGGAUACCUUUGGAUGGCUCCCAAUCCAGCUCACCCCUUUCUAUCCCGUGGAUUACCACUUCGAGGAUGGCGGUACCUGUGGAGACGGGAUCGUACAGGAUGGGGAAGAGUGUGACGAUGGCAAUGCGGUUGUGACGGAUGACUGUAUAAGAUGCCGCCGUGCUUACUGCGGAGAUGGCUACAGGCACGAGGGGGUUGAAGACUGCGACGGGAAGGAUUUUGGAUAUUUGACAUGUAAAACAUAUCUCCCUGGGUCUUACGGAAAAUUGCGAUGCACUUCUUACUGCUACAUUGACUCUACACAGUGUCGAUACUUCACAUGACGGGAGCGGAGGUGGGUAGCAUCCCACAUGUAGCGGGGUGCUAGGUGCUACACUAUCAUCUAACCAAGAAGGACCGGGACAAAAAAAAAACCCUACCCACCUCUGUGUGAAAACAAACAGACGUCAUGCUGCUGAUGGCCAUUUUCAGAUUUUUUUUUUUUUUUUAAAUUAACUCAGAUUGGGAAAAAAUAGGACCACUGCAUCCUGUCUUAAUAGAGAAAUGUCAAACAGUGUCUGCCAGUAAGACUUCCAUGUGGCUGUGGAUGGCAACUUGCUCUCCGUCACAAAUGCGACGUUAAGCUACUGGAAACUGAAUUUCACUAACCAGGAAUAUCGUGUAACAAUUACCUCGACUUAGCACUGUUAAACCUACAUGUAAGCUCUUCAGGGUCUUUGUCUUUAAACCUUCUCAGCAUAAACACGAAGCAUAUCUUGGAUGCGGUGUUUAUAGAGACUUUUAUUACAAUGUGAACUUUGCAAGUGUUGUAUCCACGUAAGCGAUGACUUCAGCGACAUUAAGGUUAACUAUACACCUUCGUGGGUCGAAGGAGCAAAGGACCUUCAGUAAGUGCUUUAAAGAUCAGCAAAUCAGGCAAAAAAGCUGGUUAACUUCACCUUUGGGCUAAGACCUUUGGCUGUGUGUGUCUGUGUGCAUGCACGGAAACGCAAGCAGUCACAGCAGGCCUGAAACUGCAGACCACAAAGGCCAAACUUGACAAAUAAACUGUGAAAUAGCCAAGGAGCUCUCUCCCAGGAGAAAGUCAGACAAGGAUGGAAGAUAAAGAAGGAACAUAUUUCCGUAUUUUUCACCUCUGUCGAGCUGACUGGGCUCUGCGUGACCCCAAAGGGGCUGGGACAGCAUCGGUUACCUGCCUGAAACCACAGCGUGACCACGUACACAUCGCCUUCACUCUGAUUUCCACACUGGAAGGUCUUUUCGUUUUCAUCCCCUUGUCCACCUGACCACCAUCAUUCAGUUACCGGUCAUACCCUGUCCUCUCUCCCCCUCUCUCCCGCUCGCUGUUUCCACCAUCAUGUCUGGGGUACCCCCCAGUGUACAUUCUCACUUUUGUAUCGCUGUAAAUCAGAUCUUGGAGUAGGGCAUUUAUGGAUGCUCAUUCAUGCUGUGUAAUGUACAUGUAUUUUUGUUUUUCAGAAAGUUUGUUCAACUAUAUUAGCUCUGAUAGGAGUCAGGGUAAUUAUAUACUUAUUUAUUAGCAAGCAUUAAAGAGCAAAUUUCACAUGGGAAGCAUAUUAAAUGUUAUGUGAAAAAGAGUCUAUAACAGAAGAAAAUGAAACAAAGGAUGUGCAGAAUUCAGGACUAAAAGCCUCAAAUCAAGGUGUUAUUUUCAUACAAGCCACUCUUUUCUGCUUCGCCAUUGAUGCUGUACACAACUGUUUGAAAUGUUUGAGUUAUCUGUACUAGUGACGGCACUGCAACAGCUGCACUUACACUGGUGCUUCGGUAAAGGUUAAAUAAAGGUGGAUGUUGCGUUAUAAUGAUAAUGCAUUAAAGUAAUCAAGAAAGGGAUACAACUUUUACCACCUGUAUAGAAGACUUUAACUCUGCAUGUCCAAAGUGAUACUGGAAAUCA